CUUAGCAACAGGUGGUGCAAAGGGGCCACUGUAAUUGUUUGGAGGGUUUCGGAGAUUCAAGAAAAUAACAAGAACUGUUUUUUUUUAGAGACGUUUUCUGCCGAAAACGACAUUCCGACCAACUUCGCCACUGGUUUGAAAGAGGCUUGUCUUUUUACCUGCUUCUCUUCAAGCGCUCCUGAUCUGGAUUUCCUGUUGCAGAUUUGUUGUGCUUUUCGGAACUCCAUCUUGAACAGCUCUCAAAACAGGUUUAAGAAUGGAUAAAAAUUUCGAAGACUUUCUGAAAGAAGCAUUUACCACUGAUGCAUUUUCAGCCACAGACGAUGUGGAUGACGAAACAAGCUUGGAUGAGGAAUACGAUUUCCUAAAACUUCCAUUGUUUACGGAGCAAGUGAAGGAGACCGGAAACGAUUCAGAUCCUACAGAGCCUGAGGGUCAAACGGAAGAGGAGAUGGACGAUUCGGCCAACAAUAAUCGCCUGGAGACUGAGGCGUUUAGGGAUUCAGAAAUCACAGAGGUUGAAGGAAAAAGUGGAGGAGAGAGUUGUGGAGAUGAUGACCUAGUCAAUAACAAUCAGCAGUGGAACAAUGACAGUCCAGGUCUCCUGGAAGAAGAUUAUGAUAAGGACCAUCUGGAAAAGAAUAGCGACGCUCCAGUUGAUUUUUCAGAAGAAGGGGGACUAGGAGAAGAUUACAAGGAACAAUCUGAGGGAGAUUUAGGAGCAGUAGAGGGUGCAGAAAAUCCAGCUAGUUUAUCAGAGGAGGAAGACUUAGAAGUCAGUGGAAAUGACAAGGAAGAUCAAGGUCAUUUUGAAGGAGAUUUAGGAGCAGAUAGACUGGAGGAGAGCUCAGAUGAAGACCAAGGCGUGUGCCUAGAUGAGGAAAGGAGUCCAGAAGAGAUGGAACAGUGGGAACAAAACUCUGGGGACCAGUUUUUGAAGAUGGAAGGAGGUUGGGAUGUUAAUUUGCUGGACAGUAAAGAAAUGGGGGAAGUGUUGAAUGUUGUCCAAGGUGAAAGUGAUGGUGUCGAUACCGAUAAGGACUUGGGUGUUGAAGACGAACAUCUAGUUGGUGACGUUUUGGAUGUGCGCUUAGAAGAGGGAGAACACUUGCAAGUCAGAUCUGAGGAAGACCUGGAAGAAACUCACCAAGAAGUGACACAACAGCUUUUUGCCAACUGGGAAGGGACAGGAACAGAGGACUUAGUGAAUUAUCACCUGGAAGAUGACUGCCUGCAGGUCAUACCUGAAGAGCUUGAACCAGGCUCUUUGAAAGACCUAGAGGAGAUAUAUCAAGUAAAUGAAGAAGAAGAAGCAGAAGAAGAAGCAGAAGAAGAAGCAGAAGAAGAAGAAGAAGAAGAAGAAGAAGAAGAAGAAGAAGAAGAAGAAGAAGAAGAAGAAGAAGAAGAAGAGCAUGAGACUGACUUAGAUGCUAAAGAGUAUGUAGACUGGCAACAAAUUAUGGAAGCCCACCUAAAAGAUGAGGAUCUGAUGGUGAUACCUGAGGAAGUCCUUGAAGAGCCAUACCAAGAAGUAGAAGCAGAUCAAGAAGAAAUGCAGCACGGACAAGAAGAAGAAGAAACCUUUAAUGCCGAGGCUUUGUCAAAGUGGGAUAGAACAGGAAUGGAGCUUUCUAUAAGGGAGUCAGAGAGUAAGAUCCAGGAAGAUGGGGAUGAAAGUCCACCUCCAGGCUGUCUUGACCUAGAGCUGUACAGAAAUGAAGAGUUGUGUCUGGAUGACCCAGCGGUCAAAGAGCUGAACCUCAUAGCUGAUGAACUGCUGUUCAAAGGAGUGGAGUUUUCAUUGAGGGAAGGAUCAAAAGAUCUUUUUUACAAGGAGCCUCAAGAGAUACCGGAGAAGUACAUUGAAUGUCUAGCUAAGGAAGAGAAGAGACCAGACUCUGAAGAUGAGUAUAGAGAGGUCCUCCCAAGGUGCUGUCCAAAGGUGGAGAUCCAAGUCACUGGCUGCAGCGAUGAAGAAACCGAAAGUCCUGAAUUUGAGAGCCUGGAGUUGACAACAGAUAAGGAACAGGGAGGAGACAAGAAGGAGCUUGAGCUACCACAGAAGAACACAGAGAACUCGGACGAUGAGGAUUCAUUUCAGACAGAAUCCACAGGUGGAGUUCUGGAGAACUUCCCAGAAGAUCCACAUAAUUCCACAGUGAUCCCUCAAGGGUUGGUGGGACCUUUGAAGCUACAAGUAGAUGUUCAGAGGGUCACACAGGCUGAGGACAACAUGGGUCAGAAGAAGGAAGAUCUAGAAGGAUCAGGAAUUUUGGAGUCUUACCAGUUGUAUGAUGAAAUGUUGACAAGGCAGGACAACGCAGAGAUGUGGAGCCAGAAAGGUCCUUACAAUGAUAAAAAGCAUUCUGUCCAUUUUUGCUUGGAUGCUGUCAUUAUACAGCCUGAGACACACAGCAGCGACUCAGAUUCUGAAAGCAGCGUUCCAGAUCCGAGCGAAACACAGCAGGAAUAUUUCCGGACUGAAAAAAUGUAUUCUGAGAAGAAUCUGGAGCUGGAAGAGUCCGAGGAUGAGAUUGAAAAGGAUGAUUUGCCAGAGAGAUGCUCCCUACUUCUCCAGCAAAUACACGUGACACGAGAGGCCCUAAACGUCUUCUCUCUGGAUCUGAAGGACCAGCGAAGGAGCAGCAGCAAGGGUUCCAGCCCCUUGCUGACGUUCCUACGGAUUUUCCUGGUCAUCCCGUUGGGAAUUCUGCUGUUUUGGUGGGUGACUGAGCAACUGGACUUCCCGGAUCUUCUGGACUUGAACUAACCUCAACUGACCGUGCAGCUAUGGCCAGAGCUUUAGUCAGCUAAUGAAGGGAGAUUCCAGCCUAAUAUUAAAGAUAGGAUUUCAACACAUUUAGAGGAAGGGUGGGGUGCCUAGUUACAUAUUGCUGACACAUAUUGUAAAUCUAGUAACCAGGGCUGUGGCCAAUUCCUGUGUUUCAAUUCCAAUUCCCCUUUAAUUAAUUCCGACACACUGUUGAUCAAAAUGGCGAUUUGCAGUAUUCUGUUAAAAUGAGCUUCUCACAGUGGCAACAGAAGACUGAAAUUGAGGUUGCUGUAUGUAAGUCCAUUAAAACUGGCUUCAAAUGAAACAAUCGCAAUUAUGACUUCUCUAAAAUAUCAAUUUCAAUUCCUUCAAAGGACCUGGAAUUGGACUUGGAAUUAGAAUAAAAAAAAUGAAUUGACCCAUUUCAGAACUUACUAUCAUUGCAAUCAAAGAAAAUGAACGCCCAUGAAUAAUAAUUUAGGAUUUAUAUUUCUGGAACUAUUUGGUACUGUAACACACUGCAAUAUUGGCCCAGCUUUUCAAACACACUGAGCCAGGCAUUGCCAAUAUUCAUUCAUUAAAAGAUCAUUAAAUGUACCCUUCUACAAGUUUCCCAUAGUAAAAGCAUAGCAAAAUGUAGUAAAGCACAGUGAAAGCAUGGUAGAGCAUAGGGAAGCAAUGUAAAGCACAGAGAGGUGUGGUAAAGCAUAGGGAAGCAUUGUAAAGCACAGCGAGGUCUGGUAAAGCAUAGGGAAGCAUUGUAAAGCACAGAGAGGUAUGGUAAAGCAUAGGGAAGCAUUGUAAAGCACAGAGAGGUCUGGUAAAGCAUAGGGAAGCAUUGUAAAGCACAGAGAGGUCUGGUAAAGCAUAGGGAAGCAUUGUAAAGCACAGAGAGGUCUGGUAAAGCAUAGGGAAACAUUGUAAUGUACAGAGAGGUCUGGUAAAGCAUAGGGAAGCAUUGUAAAGCACAGAGAGGUCUGGUAAAGCAUAGGGAAGCAUUGUAAAGCACAGAGAGGUCUGGUAAAGCAUAGGGACGCAUUGGAAAGCACAGAGAGGUGUGGUAAAGCAUAAGGAAGCAUUGUAAAGCACAGAGAGGUGUGGUAAAGCAUAGGGAAGCAUUGUAAAGCAUAGAGAGGUGUGGUAAAGCAUAGGGAAGCAUUGUAAAGCACAGCGAGGUCUGGUAAAGCAUAGGGAAGCAUUGUAAAGCACAGAGAGGUAUAGUAAAGCAUUGGGAAGCUUUGUAAAGCACAGAGAGGUCUGGUAAAGCAUAGGGAAGCAUUGUAAAGCACAGAGAGGUGUGGUAAAGCAUAGGGAAGCAUUAUAAAGCACAGAGAGGUCUGGUAAAGCAUAUUAAAAAACAAACCAUAGUAAACUAUGGUAAAGGCAUGGGAAAACUGCACUGUGGGAAACUUUCUGACGUUACUUUUAUAUCAGUUGAAUAUUACUGUACUCAUUUUAAUUCAAAAUGUAAUUCAGGCAUUAGGUUAUUUUUAUGUUAGGGCAUGUUGACAGUUGAUUUAUAUAUGUGUUUUGUACUAUGUAGAGUCAUGUUUUUAAUACUUCUUUUUUUUUGAUGCAGAAUGUCAUUUUUGUAAAGUAUUGAUUAAAAAAUAGAUAAUGCUUUUUUUGAGAGUCAUAAAUAAGUAUUUAAUUAAUAUACAAUUAACUAUUUGUUAACAAUAUGUUAAUAACCAGUCUAUAGAUACCCCAUGCGUGUGUGUAUUUAUCAUUAGACAGCCAUUGGAGCUCAUAUUUCAAAUGUAUGUUGGGUGUGUUUUUUAAUGCUUGGUAGUUUCUGCUCCAGUAAAAAUAUAUAUAUAUAUAUGACAAUCAAAUGUUUUUAUU